CUACGAAAGUGAUAAUAGCGUGCAUAGAGUGCGUAUCGUGAGUCUUUGUAGGAGUUGCAUCACUACACGUGAAGUUGGUCUUUAGAUUUCCGGUUCGUUUCUUCACCGAAAUUAGACUUAAUCAAAGAAAUAAACGAAAAUGUUGGCUGCCACAAGAUUGUUUAGCAGAAGCUGUAACGGUGUUGGCUGCGAUAUUGUCAGAAAACAGCAGUUCAGUACGAUACUUAAAAAUGUUGCAGCUCCUGGAAUUGUCCUACCUCAACGUUAUACAGAUUUACAACAAUGUCGUUACAAAUCUGAAGGUGUCAAAGGAGCUGUUAUUGGUAUUGAUCUUGGUACAACAUUUUCUUGUGUAGCAGUAAUGGAAGGUAAACAGCCAAAGGUUAUUGAGAAUUCUGAAGGUUCACGAACAACACCAUCUUAUAUUGCAUUCACCAAAGACGGAGAACGUUUAGUGGGUAUGCCUGCUAAACGGCAAGCAGUUACAAACUCUUCUAAUACAUUUUAUGCAACUAAACGACUCAUUGGGAGAAAAUUCGAUGAUGCUGAAGUGAAAAAAGACAUGAAAACAGUGUCCUAUAAAAUCGUGAAAGCAUCUAAUGGAGAUGCAUGGGUACAAGGAGGAGAUGGAAAGAUGUACUCUCCUAGUCAAAUUGGUGCUUUUGUACUUAUGAAAAUGAAAGAAACUGCAGAGGCAUAUCUUAGCACACCAGCUAAAAAUGCUGUCAUCACUGUGCCUGCAUAUUUCAAUGAUUCACAAAGGCAGGCUACAAAGGAUGCAGGUCAAAUUGCUGGAUUAAAUGUGCUUAGAGUAAUCAAUGAGCCUACUGCAGCUGCACUUGCAUAUGGUAUGGAUAAAACAGAUGAUAAAAUUAUUGCAGUAUACGACUUAGGUGGUGGUACUUUUGAUAUAUCGAUCUUAGAAAUUCAAAAAGGUGUUUUUGAAGUAAAAUCAACUAAUGGAGAUACAUUUUUGGGAGGUGAAGAUUUUGAUAACGCGUUAGUUAAUUAUUUGGUGACUGAAUUUAAAAAAGACCAAGGUAUAGAUGUGGCCAAAGAUGCUAUGGCUAUGCAACGAUUAAAGGAAGCAGCUGAAAAAGCGAAAAUUGAAUUAUCAAGUUCUUUACAAACUGAUAUAAAUCUACCAUAUUUAACCAUGGAUUCAAGUGGACCUAAACACUUGAAUCUUAAACUUACAAGAAGCAAAUUUGAAAGUCUUGUAAAUGACCUUAUUAAACGUACUGUACAACCAUGUCAAAAAGCUCUUUCUGAUGCUGAAAUAUCAAAAUCCGACAUCGGUGAAGUUCUUUUGGUUGGAGGGAUGACUAGAGUACCUAAAGUUCAACAAACAGUUCAAGAAAUAUUCGGUCGACAACCUUCAAAAGCUGUUAAUCCUGAUGAAGCUGUAGCUGUUGGUGCUGCUGUUCAAGGUGGUGUACUUGCUGGAGAUGUGACUGAUGUUCUCCUUCUCGAUGUUACGCCUCUGUCGCUGGGUAUCGAAACACUUGGGGGCGUCUUCACAAAAUUAAUAUCGCGAAACACAACUAUUCCUACGAAAAAAAGUCAAGUAUUUUCCACAGCGGCAGAUGGUCAAACUCAAGUAGAAAUUAAGGUUCAUCAAGGCGAACGAGAAAUGGCUUGUGACAAUAAACUUUUAGGGCAGUUCACAUUAGUCGGAAUACCUCCUGCUCCAAGAGGAGUUCCUCAAAUUGAAGUAACAUUUGAUAUUGAUGCAAAUGGUAUCGUUCAUGUAUCUGCUAGGGACAAGGGUACUGGCAAAGAACAACAAAUUGUAAUUCAGUCCAGUGGUGGUCUAAGCAAAGACGAAAUUGAAAAUAUGGUAAAGAAUGCAGAACAAUAUGCUAAAGCAGACAAGAUAAAAAAAGAUAGAGUAGAAGCUGUUAAUCAAGCCGAAGGAAUUAUACACGAUACGGAAUCUAAAUUAGAAGAAUUCAAGGCACAACUUCCACAAGACGAGUGCGAUAAGUUGAAAGAAUUGGUUGCCAAGACAAGGGAAACAUUAGCCAAAAAAGAUGAUAUGGAUCCAGAGGACAUUAAGAAACAAACCAAUGAAUUGCAGCAAGCAAGUUUGAAAUUGUUCGAAAUGGCAUAUAAAAAAAUGGCGGCAGAAAGAGAAAGCAGCAGCGGCAGUAGUAACCAAAGUCAACAAGAACCUCAAGAGAAGAAAGAGGAGAAAAACUAAUGAAACUCUAACACAUCUUGAACAUCAUCUUUGGAUCCUAAGAAAACUGGUGAUCUUUGAUGAAUAUUUUCCGGAAUUAUAUCUAAAAUAUCGAUUUUUCCAUUUGAUGCGAGACCUCCUGCUUCUUUUAUUAUAUAAGCCAUUGGUAUGCUCUCAUAUAAAAGACGUAGCUACGAAUAUAAUUACGUUAUUUUCGUUAGUAUUAGUUUUCGAAAAUACUGCUGAUAUUCAGCUCGUUAGAAACUCCUACAGAUUUGUUAUACCUUGCCAUUGGGAUUGUUUUUCGUUGAAGGAUACAAGAAAAUUCCUCCAUAUUUAAUAGUCCUAUGUACAUCAGCAACCAUUGAACCAACGUAUCGAGAAUUAUAUGGUUUACCGUUACUCGGGUAUUUUUUGGAAUGAAUAUAAUCUUUUAUAGUUGAAUCCCACGUACUCUCAUUUCCUUCGUUAAUACUGUCAGUUAACAUAAUUAUUGAUCAAGUUCUUUUUAGGUUGUCGAUAAAUAAUUAUACAGAUAUAGUAC